GUGGUUACUUUUAUCUUCAGCAUGAAAUUCUUUGAGAACUUCGAUGUUGUGAAUUGUAUGUUUGUUUAUUUACUACUUUACUUGUAGGGAAUAGAGUUAGGGAUCUAGGAACAUGUGGUACAUUAUUAGCUGAAGUUAAUAGUAUUGUGUUGUAUCGGUGGAAAUAAUGUACACACAUUUGACUCCAUGUAGGAUGCAUGAGAGAAUAACUUUUGGCAAGCAUUACCCCGGUUUUUACGUGAUCUUUUAGUACGAAGACGAGGGCCCCCAUUCCUAAGCAUUUUCAAGAUGCAGGUGGUUCGCCAAGUGUGUUCUAACAAACUGAGAACUUUUGCUUACCAAUCAACAGCAAGGAGCCUAUGUCUGUCCUGUGGGGCAAUGAACAAAUACGCGGCACGGGAAGGACGAUUCUUGGCAAAGGUCAUGAAAUCAGGUCCUAAGAAGAAGAAAUACUGGAGUUCCUUUGAAGACAACUCUGUCCCUUCUGCUACACAGAUGGCAAGUCCAACUGGAGGGAAAAGUGCAAAACGUGUGGCUGUUUUAAAUAAAUUAUUUAUGAAAAAUAUAACAGGCUUGAUGGCAACAGGAGAAGUAGCUGCAGAAAUUAUUGGGAAAGGAAUUGAAAUCUCAAAGGUGAAAGUGGCAUCUGACUUUAAUCUGGUAAAUGUAUACUGGUGUGCAAAGGGAGAUGGAGGUGAUGAAGACAUUGAAAAAACACUGCAGUCAGUGGCAGGACAGCUUCGACAUGAACUUUCUCAGCUUAGAGUGAUGGGUGUUGUGCCCAGGAUACAGUUUGUUAAAGAUAAACAUUACUCAAAAACAGCUGAAGUUGAACGUCUGUUGCAAACUGCAGAUUUUGGUGAAGAUUAUGUUCCUUCUGCCGAUGGUUCUUCGAUCCGAUCAGAAUUUACAGAAGAAUACACACUAAAUCAAAGGAAAGAGGAGAAAAAGGAUUGUAAAGAUGAUUUGUUAAAUGAAGAGGAAUAUAAUGAUGAUGACCUGGACUUACCAGUCAUGAGAAUGGAUGUGUUGGGUGUUGAUCAUAGUGCAAUAAUGAAAAAGAUAGUGAGGUCAAUGAAAAAAGCAAAAGCAUCUCAUAGAUUUGAGGGUCCUGAAAAGCCAUUGGGCACUCUUUCAGAAAGUGAUACAGAUCAGAAUAUUGCAUAUCUAACUCCAAAGCAACAAAGACUGGAAUUAAGUAAAUUUCUAACACAACGGAAGAAUCUUAAAAACAAGAUUCGCACAAGGUCCAAUGUGGAUUUGGACAUGUUGGAUGUGAAUAACAUCACUCACAGCAGUUCCUUCAGUCAGUUUUUGGAUGAUGAUAAAGAGGAACAAGAUUUUAUUGAGUAUGAUGAUUCUUACUUAAGAAGACACUGAAUUGUAAGUGCUCAAAGGAUGUUGCUCAAUGUACAAGGAAUAAUAAUCAAAUAAAAUUAAUGUCUUAAACGUUAUUGGGCUGUUAAAAAUUGAUAUUUUCAGUGUGGUGCUGUAAUAGCGAGCUUACAGUGAAUGCUGUAUUUGACUUUUAUGUUGAAUACCUAGCAGUUAUUGGCAUGAUGCAGCUUAGUAAGUGGUGCAUAUGGCAGCAGAUUCUUGGCAAUGUUUAAUAUGCGGUUGAUGAUUUGUGUAUAUAACCAACAGCUGUUAUAGUUAACAAAUAUUGUAACAAUGUUGCCUUUAGUGAAAGCAUAAAACAGUCAUUUCCACUGUAAUCCAUGUAUCAGAAGCAUCAGUCCUUAUUUGAAAUUAAAACUGUUUCUUGAUAAAUGCAUCAUAUAUCAUUCACUUGUAAAGAAGAGAAAAAUUGGAGUUACUGAUUAAAUGAAAUGGACUGCAGAAUUCAAUGAUUGGGAGUAUACAGGUUUCUGACAUAACAUCAAACAGGAACUGAAGAAAGCUGUCCUCGUUGGGCGACAUCAGUCAAACUGAUGGUCUACUUUCCGAAACAAGGAAGGUGCUGGAAAAAGAAAAAAAAGAAUGAAUUGCAGAACAAUUACUUUCACAACCAUGAGGAAUUCCACAGUUAAUGGUGUUAUACCAAAGAAGACACUGGAUGAAACUAUCGAAGGAAUUGCACUGUAGAAUCGCAUGGGCAAAUUGUCAUUUUAUUGUAUUCUUGUCAGGUCUGCAGCAAGCUCGUACAGUCACUCUGACACAAUACUUCAGCAGUGCAUCUGGUUGCUGUCUCCAGGUGAGAACACAGUUUGGUAAAUUUUAAUGGAACUGAAUCCUGCUGUGAACGGCAGGAAUCGGGUGCGGUGAGAUUUAGCAAACAGCAUUCUCACUUGAACAUGGUGACUAGAUGGACUGCUAAAAUACUGUGUCAAGAUAAUUAACUGAUUCCUGCUGUGAACUGUGGCAUUUUUAUACUGAAGAUUGUGACAAGGUGGGCCACAGUAAUAUUGUGUUGAAGUGACUGUAUGAUCCAGUUGUAGACUCAACAAGAAUGUAGUGAAUUAAUACAUUGGGAAUGUGUAUGUUGUCACAUAGAGUGCCAUUUUAUGUAUUGACACAGUACAGUAAUAGUGAAAACAACAGGUCUCAUUUUCUUUUCUAUGUAGUAGUACCAAGAGCUGAUAAUUUGAUCAGACAUUGAUUCUCUUGGCAGAUUUAUAUUAGUCUACAAGAGCCUCAAGAAUGUUUUGCACUACUCUCAUGACUGGGACAAUUUGUGUUUUUUUAUGGGAAUCAUCUUUCUUUGUACACCUUGAACCUUAGGAAAUCACUGUGAACAGGUACCUGCAUAACCUACAUUUUCAGUGCAGUUCAGCAGGGGCAGUUGGGAGGACUGUGUCUCCACAGACACUAUACAACCAUCUUCACUUGAUCGGUUUAGGCCUCUAGGCAUCCCUUAUGAACAACAGUACUGUGUGUACUGUGGUAUACGAAGAAGUGGGCAAGGGAACACCUGAACUGGAAUGUUGAUUAAUGGUAUCAAUUUCUCUUCGCCAAAGGAAGCGUUAUUUGACUGACACCUGAUGAUUGUCGUAAUGACUGUAGAGGUGGCCAGUUACCAGUGCACACCUCAGGCAUGCAUUUCCAUGAGAGCAACAGAGAGAUGGGUUGGUCAUGCUUUGUGCUCAUAUGAUGUGUGAAUGUCAGAAACCUCUACAUCUGCAGCUACACCUACAUACAUACUACGCAAGCCACUGUAUGGUGUGUGGUGGGGGGUACCUUGUACCACUACUAGUGUUUUGCUUUCCUGUUCCACUCACAAAUGGAGCAAGGGAAAAAUACUGUCUGUAACCCUCUGUAUGAGCCUGAAUCUCUUGUAUCUUAUUUUCAUGGUCCUUACACAAAAUGUAUGUUGGCAACAGUAGAACCAUUCAGCACUCAGCUUCAAAUGCCAUUUCUCUAAAUUUUCUCAAUAACAUUCCUUCAAAAGAAUUUCGCCUUCCCUCCAGGGAUUCCCUUUUAGGUUCGCAAAGCAUGUCUACAAUGCGUGUCAAGUGACCCUGCUGAUAACAAAUCUAACAGCGUCCUCGUGAAUUUCUUCAAUGUCGUCCUUUAAUCUGACCUGGUGGGGAUCCAAACACUCAAGCACUACUCAAGAAUGGGUCGCACUAGUGUUCUAUAUGCAGUCUCUUUUACAAAUAAACUGAACUUCCCUUGAAUUCUCCCAGAAAACCAAAGUUGACAUUCCUCUUCCCAAUAAAAUCAUUACAUGCUUGUUCCAUUUCAUAUCACUUUGCAACAUUACACCUAGAUAUUUAAUCAGUGUGACUGUGUUAAACAGCACACUGCUAAUGCUGUAUUUGGACAUUAUGGGGUUGUUCUCCCUACUCAUCUGCAUUAAUUUAGAUUUUUCUGCAUUUAGUUCAUGCCUCAUAGCUAUUGGAGGAUAAUGUGAGAGCUGUACAGUAUCAGAACAGAAUCCUCCUAACCUACAAUCAACAUUUUGGUAAAGAUUUCCUCUUUCAAGAUUAUAAAGCAUAAGCACUCUUCACCUGUCUCAUAGACACUGUCCUCAUUGUCAACAGGAUGUCAAAUCCUAAUUUUUCUUUCUUCCGGGAGGCAGGAAUCUAGCAAAUGGAAUGGUGGACAUUAUCUGUGCUGAUGUGAACCUGACUGAGCUUGUUUGGAACCAUUUGAAACUAGCUAUGCUUCAUAGUGGGCACUCCCCUCAUGUAGCAGAUGAUCUCAGGAGGGCUGCUGUAGAAGAUUCAGCAGCAUUAUGUCAACCUCCUAAUGGACAGCAUGUCAAGGAGGAUCCGAGUGCGUUACAAUGCACAGCAUGGAGCAACACAGUACACAGUAUUGAAUUUACCCAACAAUGGAUUUUGAUUUCACACAUUUGCAAAGAUUUGGUUUUCAAACAGAGUACCUUUAUUCUGAUUAUUGUUUUGUUAUUGUUUCAUAGUAAAGUUAUUUUCAUUCUUUAAUAGUAACUAAAAAUCAUAGGUUUAAUAAAAAGAACAGGAAAAGAUAGUCAACAAGCGUGUGCACACAAAAAAAGGCAAGGUAUCUGAGCUUUUGGACAGAGUCCUUGUUCAGAGCUGAGUAAUAAAAAAUACAGACAACACAAGGCUUACUGUUUCAUUCCCUGGUCCCCUCGAAUCUAAUCCUACACCUGUUUGUAGAUAUACAAGUGGUGCAAAACUUUUUUGAGUAAUUUAUACGAUUGGUAGCUCUGGGAAUCCAAAACCUUAAUUAUUGCUUUUUAUUAUUUCAGUUUUCCUGUGUUAUUUUUAGCUGCAGGGCUAAUUAUUGCACAUUAUAUUGUUAUUAGCUGGUUACGAUUCCAGCUACUUGCUUAUCAUACGUGUCUACUAAGCAUUUUGAGCAUGGUGAAUUAGUAAAUAUUUGUGGCACUUUAUGAUAUUGUUCAUAAAGAAAACAAUUAAGAAGUGCCCUUUUUUUCUUUCUUUCCAAACUCUAUUAACCCAGAAGGAACACUCGCAUUCUGUUCUCCUAGAAUAUUUACAUUGAUGGGUAACAGCGAACAACAUGUGGCAUAGGUCUAGAGGGUAUGUCAUUGUGAGUAAGCAGUGAGUUUCUUUUGAACAAAUUGAAGAGGUGCAGCUAAACUAAAUGCUAUAAUCAAAUUUCUGCCAUUAUUUCAGAAAUUUUUAAACCAGUAUUACUAAGCAUGUGAGUUCAAAUUCAUGCUUCUAUAUUCGUGCAGUUAUACUUGGAUACCAAAUUUGGUGUGAGCUGCUGAAAAUGGGAUCUCUUGUAACAAAUUGGAUUGACAUAACUUAGGAAAGGAACAAGAAAGAGAGCUUGCUCUUACUGUUUAAUAUUUUUCAUUUUUGGCAUU